AAGCAAUCACCAGUGGUUAUCCAAAUAGGAAAUCAACAGGGGUUCCGGAGUCUGAGCCGCACUAUCCCCAAAGGAGUCUCAUGGAGCUCCGGAGUUGAGAGCAUUCGUUCACUCAGGAGUCACGGAAGACACUUUGAUAUUAUGAUAGUCAACCAACAUCUUGAAGACUCCGAGUGAAUCGACAAAUUCAGUUCUUUUGCCCUCAUGUUGCAAACUCCUAUUGCCCGAAGUUGUCGAGAGGAGUGAAACAUUCUAUCCCUAGCUUCGGCACACCCUAGCGUGAUGGCGCUCACCGACAGAAUGUUGCUCGGACUUGUGUAGCAAUGACCAAUCUGUGUAUGCAAGGCACACCAACAUGCAGCCUCUCCGAUUUUUCUCAAUUACCAAACUGGAUAUCGUCAACGCUGAGGCCUAACUAUUCUCCUUUGGAUUGGAAAUGCGAGGAGAUAGUCCCUCCCGAUGGACCGGUUAGAUAUUCCCAAGGGAGAAAGAGUGCACACCAUUUCGAAUAUAUAUAUCUAUUGCAAUGACAACUUGUCUGAUAUGAAAUUGGAAGAAGCAUCACCAACAACAACAACAACAACAUCAUCACAUCAGACUUGAGUCUCAACAUCUACAGCAACAACAACAACAACAACCACCACAUCCUUCAAAACAUCAAACCUUAAACACUCACCAUCUUCACCAUGGUCUCCUUCACAGUUUUCAAGGGCUCUAAGACCGGCAUCCCAGUGCAAGGCACAACCACCAAGCCCGAUGCUCUUGAGGGUGACAAAGUCCUUAUGAAAAUCACUGCCUCGGGUCUCUGUGGCACAGAUCUCCACUAUGUGAACCAAGACAUCGUUCUCGGCCACGAAGGCGUUGGUGUCGUCGAAGCCGUGGGCCCUAACUGCACUUACCUCAAAGUCGGCGACCGCGUGGGUUUCGGCUACGAACACGACAGCUGCGGCCACUGCCGUCACUGCUUGACCGGUAAUGAAACCUACUGUGUUCACCGCUGCACCUACGGCAACCAGGACCUCGACCAGGGAAGCUUCGCUUCUCACGCAAUUUUCCGCGAGGCUUUCCUCCACAAGAUCCCCGAUAACAUGAGCGAUCUUGACGCUGCUCCUCUGCAAUGCGCCGGCGCUACGGUCUUUGCUGUUCUGCAGGCUUACAACACUCAGCCGACCGAGACCAUUGGUGUAAUGGGACUUGGUGGCUUGGGCCAUCUCGCCAUCCAAUUCGCCGCCAAGAUGGGCAACAAAGUCGUCGUGCUUUCAGGUUCUGAGUCGAAGAAAGAGGAAGCUAUGAGGCUCGGCGCCCACGAGUUUAUUGCCACUAAGGGCAAGGAUAAGCUCGAGGUCUCGACACCCAUCGACCGACUACUCGUGACUACCUCAUUCCAGCCCAACUGGGAGCAGAUCUUGCCGAUCAUGGCGCCCGGAUCUGCCAUCUACCCACUCUCAGUAGCGAGCGGCAACUUGGAGAUCCCCUACUCGCCCAUCGUGUUCCAGGGAAUUGCUAUCCAGGGAUCUCUCGUCGCAUCGAGGAACAUUCACCGCGAGAUGCUUGCAUUUGCUGCUCUGCACAACAUCAGGCCAACAAUUGAAACCUUCCCCAUGACGGAAGCGGGCAUCCAGGAGGCAUUUGAGAAGCUGAAGCGUGGUGACAUCCACCUGAGAGCGGUCUUGACAGCCCAGUAAAUGGGUGGAAUUUCAUUUGAACGGUCAUAGAUAAGCAUUUGCGGGAAUUUGGGGUAAAAAACAGCGCGGCUACGCAUAUAGAAAGCUAAUGAAUCCAAGCUACUUUUUUCAUUA